GGUCAAUCUCCGUUACCGUAUGUGUACGAGUAGAUAACGUUAGAGUACAUCAUAGUACUCAUAGAUACCGUAAUCGAAGUUUCUCAUUGCGAAAAUGAUGUCAUCGCCGCUGUACAUUGCAGCAGAUGAACUGGAAGAUCCCUUUUGUAACGGGACGGAUUCCUCCCCAUCGCCAGCGAAACGCGCUCGAUCCAGCUUGUCUGAGCAGCUCGACAUGCUCACACAAGGUCAAGUUACUUCGUUUUCUAUGACCCCCACAACGGCUUCGCCAUCGCAACCCCCUAUUGUUCCGCAAGCUCUGGAUUUUCUACAUCCCAAAACUGAAGGUGGACUUGGAAAUGCUGACAUUGCAGCAUCGUUAUUACCGCAAUCGGGAAUGAAAUGUCGUGUAUGUGGCGAUUCUCGUGCCGGCCGCCACUAUGGUACGAUUGCUUGUAACGGGUGCAAAGGAUUUUUCAGAAGAAGCAUCUGGGAGCAACGAGAUUAUACUUGCCGCUUCGGUAGCAAAUGCCAGAUUGUGCAAGAGUAUCGGAAUAGAUGCCGUGCAUGUCGGCUGCGCAAAUGCUUCGAGGUUGGGAUGGAUUCGCGAGCUGUACAAUCUGAGCGAGACAAGCAUAAGAAGAGACCUACGAAUAGUGGAUCCCCUGGUGCUGAAGAAAAUGCUGGGCCUUCAACAUCUAUGAUGAAUUUUACGCCUCCAGCUCCCACUUCUUUGAUCAUGCCUAUAAAUCCGUUGCUGGUUUCGCCAAACGUUUCACAAACUUCAACGCAGUCGUUCCCGACACCUACGGGUUUCUUAGGUGGAAGUGUCGUGAACCGAGCAUUUGCCGAGACGUUAUCCUGCAGUCCACCUCCAGCAACGCCGGUCACAAGUUCUGUUUCGCUAGCUCAAUCCAUCAAACAGGAUUCGCCUACGUCUGCCUAUGGGCAGCAGUUCAGGCCGCCUCUACCUCUUGUUCAGUAUCUCAUGGAUCUGGAGCGGCGAACGGAUAGUAUGGUAGAUGCAACGGAAGAUGGUGAUUUCAGUGAGCAGUUCAGUAAAUUAUGCAGAGUGGACGUGACCAUUGAAGCAGCCUUCAAGGAUCCUGGGAUUGUUGCGAAAAGAACUCCGCCGCGUUGGUUGGCACUAGAGCGCCUUACAACUCUGGAAGACGUUGGAAUUGCUUGGUGUCGUUCCUUUGUACUAUGCGUCGAUUGGGCUGGACUGAUGAAGGAUUACAAGGAACUCUCUGUACCGGAUCAGUAUGUUCUUCUGCGCAAUAGAGUUGUCUCUGUGAACUGGCUGUGCCAUACCUAUAAGACUUUCAAGAGUGGUUGUGAUGGAGUGGCACUAGCUAAUGGCAGUUGGUAUCCACGUAAUAAAGAUCUCCAAAAAACUUUAGAUCCUGGUUGCAAUCACUACUUUUCGAUCUUGUCCGAACAUCUUAUGCAGGAUCUGGUCUUUCCAAUGCGGGAGAUGAACAUGGACGAGGGUGAAUUCUGCUUGCUGAAAGUGCUCAUACUAUUUCGCGUUGACCGUCGGCUGUCCGACGAUGGCAAGGCGCAUGUGACAGCCGUACGUAAUAAGUACAUUGAUGCUCUCUAUCAGCAUGUACAGAACGAGCAUCCAUCCUAUUCACCCCUAGAGGUUGCUCAACGCAUAUCAAAAUUGCUGUUGUUGCUGCCUAGCAUCGAGCACCUGUCACAACAGGAGGACGAUAAUGUGCAGUUUCUGGCUCUAUUCAACCUUGCGAAUCUCAAUGGUUUACCUUACGAAUUGCAUUCAUCGACAAAGCAACAGAUUCGAGAAGACCCCACUCAGGUAAACGAGGUGACGUCUAACAAUGUGGAAAUGAAAGGUUACGAUACUGAAGCAGCUCCUCCCAGUACAGCGUCAUUUGGAUGCCAUUCGUUUGCCAAUAGUCUUCUGUGACUAUCCUGAUCAAAUGUCCGGCCAACUGAUAAGCUGCCCAUAUUUUCAUUUCCGCCUAGAUUGUAGUAUACCUCAUUGCUACGUUGGCCAUAUCAUCUCGUACAAAAUUAGAAACAUAUGUAUAGAGUGAGUCGCCUUCCAUACGAUGAGUACUAGCGAAUUCUGAGUCAGUGCCAUACGUUUGGCAAGUUGCUAAAUCUGUUUUUUUUUUGCUGUGGAAUACUUGUGCCUUUAAUUCUAGAUCUGAAAAAGUUGAUUCAAGAUAGUCAUUUUUCUUAAGCAGUG